GUCGGCUCGAGAUCAGAAUCUUCGAAGAUUGUGCCUGAGGAUAUCAUCCGGCUGACUGAGUUCAAGGAGGGAGGGUACUCCGUCGGGCAGACAAUAAGUUGUGCUUCUUCUGUAGCGUGACCCACAUUUGCCACCAAGUUGUAGAAGGUGGUAUCUGUCAGCCGAUUAAAGUCCCGCUUCGAGAGACGGCGUUGAGGACCAAGGACCUACGAUUUUGGUCGUCGUGGGAGUGGCUGGUAAGUCUGUUGCUCGAUUGAACAUUUAAUGAUCGACAGCAGGUGAGAGCAGAUCGAAGGCCGGGCAGAAUGUCAAUCUAAGCUGAGCGUGGCACGUCGAGGAACUGAGGCUUGAGCGAUUCAGUCACCGCUGCAUCAGCUGGAGCUCGACAUCGAGUAAUCGAGCUCCAGCCAUGGACGCCGGAGAGAAGCGUCGUGGUGUUGUGACAGAUGAUGAGCGCCUGGUCGCUCGAUUAUCGUGGAAAAACUUGUCCGCUUACAUCGAUAACGACGUGCGGAUUCUUCAUGACCUUUCAGGCUAUGUUGAACCGGGACGCAUCUGCGCUAUCAUGGGCCCUUCUGGAUCAGGGAAGUCCACUCUUCUCGAUUCUCUUGCAGGAAGAAUAUCGAAGAAUAUCACGCUGACCGGGGAUAUCAGGCUCAAUGGCAGGAGCACUCGAGUUUCUUAUGGCACUGCGAACCAACAUCUGGAGGCUUACAGAUGGUGCGACCCUCUAAUAUUUUCCGUCCCACGGAUUGGCUAUAACAGGCGUACCUUGCACAAGAAUGUGACCUCUUGGGGACGCUGACAGUCAAGGAAACUAUAUACUAUUCGGCCAAGCUGAGACUUCCAAGCAGUACAACUACGAAAGACAUGGAUCGUAUCGUAAAGAGCACUAUCGAGGAAGUAGGUCUGCAAGACUCCAUCAAUACUCCGAUCGGAAACUGGCAUCAGAGAGGUCUGAGUGGUGGUGAGAAGAGAAGGGUGAGUAUCGCAAUCGCUCUACUCACCCGGCCUCGGCUCCUGUUCCUCGACGAACCUACGAGUGGAUUAGACAGUGCCUCUUCGUUCCACGUUGUGAGCACGCUGAGAAAUUUGGCCCACGAUGGACGCACCGUGCUGUGUUCGAUACAUCAACCGAGCAGCCAGGUCUUUCAGCUAUUUGACAUCCUCUGCUUGCUCUCCGGUGGCAAACAAAUAUACUUCGGAGAUCUGCCGGGCUCACUCACGUUUUUCAAGGAGGCUGGCUACCCUUGCCCAUCGCUGCAGAACCCAGCUGAUCAUUAUCUUCUAUGCGUCAACUCCGACUUCGACAAAGUUCAAAAGUCUUUGCAAACUAUCCUCGAGCACCGCAAAGAAGAGGGGCAUGCAUUCGACGAAGAAGAAGCAGUGGCCCAUGUCCCACAGUUCGAGAGCGUGGCAGCAGUAGUCAGAAGCUUGACACAUGCAUACUCCGAAUCACAAAACAAGCUCGAAGUAGAAUCGCACAUUCAGGAAAUGAAUAAAGCGGAAGGACCAUUGCUGAGUUCCAGUGGCAGUGAGGCCAACUUCUUCACGCAGGUUUAUACGCUGACCAUGAGAUCAUUCACGAAUAUGAACCGGGAUUUCGGAUACUACUGGCUGAGGCUGGGGAUGUACAUCGUGCUCACCUUAGCUAUUGGUACCAUAUUCUUCAAAGCAGGAUACUCAUACACUGCGAUCGCGGCCCGAGCUGCUUGCGUGUCAUUUGUAGUCGCCUUCCUCACGUUCAUGUCGGUCGGAGGUUUUCCGUCGUUUAUCGAAGAUAUGAAGGUAUUCACGAUGGAGAGAUUGAAUGGACACUACGGCGUGGCUGCGUUCGUGUUAGGAAACACUCUUUCGUCGGUUCCCUUUCUGCUCCUGAUUUCGCUCAUUUCCACGGUCAUUGUCUACUUCCUCGUGGACCUACACCAUGGCGCAGAAUACUUCUUCUACUUCGUCCUGUCACUGUUUUCCUGCCUUCUGGUCGUGGAGAGUCUCAUGAUGGCCAUUGCAAGCCUGGUUCCCAAUUUCCUGAUGGGCAUCAUUAUCGGCGCCGGAAUUCAGGGCAUGUUCAUUCUCGUUGCAGGUUUCUACAGACUCCCGGACGAUCUACCUGAUCCUGUCUGGCGCUACCCUAUGUUCUAUAUAGCCUUCCAUCCAUACGCAUUUCAGGGAAUGUUGCAAAACGAUUUUACUGGCCUGACUUUCGAAAACAUCAACGGGCCCAACGAGCCGCGAGUCGCCAGCGAUUAUAUUCUCAAAGAAUUGUACCAAGUUUCGACGGGGCGAAGCAAAUGGUGGAAUCUGGCAAUUCUUCUGCUGAUGGCUGCACUCUAUCGGAUCAUUUUCUACGUUCUUAUCAGAUUUGGAGAAACUACUCUUCCAGCGAUUCGAGCGUGGGUUUCUAGAAAGCUGUAUUUUAGCUCGCGUGCUGUACCUGCCAAAGACAGUAUAAUAUCAGCGAUGGAGAGUCCGAUCAGAGGGUCAUAGCAGAUUGAGUUUCACUGUGAAGUGUAGACUUCCUGUACAUCGGAGUUAGACUAGUGCAAUACGGUUGCAGAUUGGGUAGGUCGGGGUUUGCUCGUUUUGCAGCAAUUGAGAGAAAUUGAUCUCAGAGCCAAGUGGAUUGUAAAAACUUUGUGAAUGUCCACCGAGAAAGAAAAUGUACAGCGGACGGGGUUUUUGCCCUGAAUCUUGUAUAGAGCCAUAGAGCGGUGGUCCUGAUUGGAAUGGAGGUACAUUUGAAAGAAAACAUAGAUUAUAUUUUCCUCACUUGAAGUUGUAAACUCAUUCCAUGCCCUGUUAAUUUAGCAGAUAAAGUGCCGAACAGUAGGUUACAAAUUUUUCAAUUCUCUGACUUUAUUAUUGCCAGAAUGUUAUUGGCUUUAAAGAUAUUAUUUUCGGCUUUC